UAUCUGUGACAACACGAUUCCAAUGUUUUGAUAGUUUGUCCGUCGCAGUGAACCUUCAGUUCUACGUCCGCCGCGUAAAUAACCGAGUACUUUCUUCGGCAUUUACAGCGGAAUUGUUCUCGACCCGUCACCAUGCAGAAGCUAGCAUCGACCGCAGUCAUAAGGCGAUAUUUACUGCGUUGUAACGCGCGUAACGCGUCAAGUACAGCAAGUUUCGAUUGGGAAGACGCGUUAAAUCUCGAUCAUAAUUUAACAUCGGAAGAACGACAGUUGAAAACUUCAUUCAGAGACUUCUGUCAAAAAGCUCUUAUGCCCAGAAUUUUGAAUUCAAAUCGCAAUGGUGUGUACGAAAAAGAAGUGCUAAAAGAUAUGGCUGCUAUGGGUGCAUUAGGAUGUACUAUUGGCGAAUAUGGGUGUGUCAAAGUGUCCCAGGUCGGAUACGGUCUCAUAGCAAGAGAAGUAGAGAGAGUCGACAGUGCUUAUAGAUCGGCGCUGAGUGUUCAGUCGUCCCUUGUCAUGCACGCGAUUCACGCGUACGGCACCGACGAUCAAAAGGAACGGUAUCUACCGCAACUGGCCACUGCAGAUUUGGUCGGAAGUUUUUGUCUAACCGAGCCAAAUGCCGGCAGUGACAUAGGAACGAUGGAGAGCAAGGCCAAGUAUGAUUCCGAAACGAAAUCGUACACGCUGAACGGUGCUAAGACAUGGAUAACGAAUGCCCCGGUAGCCGACGUGUUCAUAGUUUGGGCCAGAUGCGAAGACGGACGGGUGAGAGGGUUUGUGGUGGAAAAAGGUACACCGGGGCUCACGACGGCCGUCAUACCGGGAAAACUAUCGUUAAGAGCAUCCAGUACUGGAUCGGUGUACAUGGACAACUGCGUAGUGCCCGAAGACAGUCUGCUGCCCGGUGUCGUGGGCAUGGGAGGACCAUUCGGCUGUUUGAAUCACGCCCGUUACGGAAUCGCGUGGGGAGCCUUUGGAGCCGCCGAAGCUUGCUUGUCCGUUUCCCGAUCGUACUGCUUGGACCGUAAACAAUUCGGAAAACCGUUGGCCGCCACACAGUUGAUUCAAAAAAAAUAUGCCGACAUGGUCACGGAAAUAUCUAUUGGUCUGCUGGCGUGUUUGCAAGUGGGGAGGUUGAAGGAACAAGGAUUGGCCACCCCAGAAAUGAUAUCGCUGAUAAAGAGAAAUUCUACCGGAAAGGCGUUGGACAUCGCGAGGUUGGCCAGGGACACACUUGGGGGAAACGGGAUCAGCGACGAGUACCACGUGAUUAGACAUCUGAUCAAUUUGGAAACUGUAAAUACGUACGAAGGAACUUAUGAUAUUCACGGUCUGGUAUUGGGAAGAGCGAUCACCGGGUUGCAAUCUUUCAAAUCGUAACCGAUAGUCACAAAACGACCUCACCGAGCUUAUGUGAACAAAACGAAUACGAAUUCUGCUGCAUUGCGCGUUACUACGUUACCAAACUUAAUACAUGUUAUAUUUGCGUCGUUAUAUAUGUUUAUUUAUUUCAUAAGUACUGUUUUCGAAACCACUAGAUGGUAAUCAGAAUACCGUUUGGCUUCAUUCUGGAAAUAUAUACGUGUGUAAUAAAAUAUUUUUUCUGAUUUUUGA